GGCGCCUCCGACAGGGCGAGGCCAAGGGGGGCUGCUUGCCCCGCCCCGGGUUUCCGGCUCAGAACUUGUGGCUUCAUCCAGGCAGUACACAGAGUGGAGAUUCACAUCAAAAACUUCUCUGAAGAAUACAAGAACAGAAGUGUCAUCAUGACAACAGAGAAGAGUCUAGUGGCUGAGGCCGAGAAUCCUAAGCAGCAGCAGCAAAAAGAGGAGGAGGUAGCUGCUGAAACACAGAAGCAAGAGGCUUCUCUGGAGGAGGCUUCCCAACAGGCAUCUGAGGGGCAUAAUCAAACGGGACAGAAACAGAAGGCCUCCAACGGUGAUACCCCCACACACGAAGAUCAGAGCAAGAACAAAGAGCGCUGCACUUCAGAGAGUCGGGGGCUGUCACGCCUAUUUUCAUCAUUUCUCAAAAGGCCCAAGUCUCAAGUUUCUGAAGAGGGCAAAGAAGUGGAGACUCCACAAGAGAAAGGUGAAGGAGGUCAGAAAGAGACCGAUCUAGGAGCCAGUCCUGAUGAAGAAAUCCUACUGAAGGCCCCAAUAGCAGCCCCUGAACCUGAACUCAGGACUGACCCAUCUUUAGAUCUUCAUUCACUAAGCAGCGCAGAAACACAGCCUGCUCAGGAGGACAGGAGAGAAGAUCAAGACCCAGAGAGCAGAGACCUUGAGAUUAAGGAAGGAGACGGAGUGCAGGAAGAGUGUUCCAAGGCAGAGUUGAAAAGAGAGAACCCUGAGACAAAAGCAGACCAAGAAUUAAAAGCCACCCAGAAAUCAGUAAGAAGACACAGAAAUAUGUACUGCAAGGUUUCCUUGCUGGAUGACACCAUUUACGAGUGUGCUUUGGAUAAACAUGCCAAGGGUCAGGAUCUGCUUAGAAAAGUAUGCGAGCACCUCAAUCUUCUGGAAGAAGACUACUUUGGACUGGCCGUAUGGGACUCUCCAACUUCCAAGACAUGGUUGGAUUCUGCCAAAGAAAUAAAAAAGCAGGUUCAUGGAGGCCCCUGGAACUUUACAUUCAAUGUGAAGUUUUAUCCACCAGAUCCAGCACAGCUGACAGAAGAUAUAACGAGGUAUUAUUUGUGUCUUCAGCUUAGACAUGACAUUGUUACAGGGCGUCUGCCUUGUUCCUUUGCGACACUGGCCCUGCUGAGUUCUUACACAGUCCAGUCUGAAUUGGGAGAUUAUGACCCGGAGUUACAUAGUGCAGAUUAUGUCAGUGAGUUUAAACUGGCCCCAAACCAGACAAAGGAACUUGAAGAAAAAGUCAUGGAACUACAUAAAACAUACAGAUCCAUGACUCCAGCCCAAGCAGACCUCGAGUUUCUUGAGAAUGCAAAAAAACUAUCUAUGUAUGGAGUUGACCUUCACCAAGCCAAGGACUUGGAGGGAGUUGACAUCAUUCUGGGAGUCUGUUCCAGUGGCCUUCUUGUCUAUAAAGAUAAACUGAGAAUCAACCGCUUUCCUUGGCCCAAAGUGCUGAAGAUUUCCUACAAACGCAGCAGCUUCUUCAUUAAGAUCCGGCCAGGGGAGCACGAACAAUAUGAAAGUACCAUUGGAUUCAAACUACCUACUUAUCGAGCAGCUAAGAAACUGUGGAAAGUCUGUGUUGAACAUCACACUUUUUUCAGGCUAACUUCCCCUGAAGCACUUCCCAAGAGCAGAUUCCUGGCACUGGGCUCUAAAUUCCGUUAUAGUGGACGGACGCAGGCCCAGACAAGACAAGCUAGUGCCUUGAUUGACAGACCUGCUCCACAGUUUGAACGAACAGCAAGUAAACGGGCAUCUAGAAGCCUUGAUGGAGCUAAACAUACGUCUCAAAAAAUUGAGGUCAGACCUAUAUUGGAGGAGAAGCAGGAGGAUGUGGUGAUGGUUGAGAUUCCAGAAUCAAAACCUGUGGAACAGUUCGGAGAGAAGCCAGCCAAACAUACUUUUGAAAAUAUUGAGAUGAAACCAAUAGCAGAAGAGGAAGAGGAGAAAGUGGAGGUGUUUAAGGUUACUGUUCCAGAAUCAAAAUUAAUGGAACCAUUCCAAAAACAGCCAGUUAUACAUGUCCUUGAAAAUAUUGAGAUAAGCCCAAUAGACGAAGAUGAGGAGGAAGAGAAAGUGAUGACGAUGAAAGAUCUAGAACUAGAGCCCAAAUUUCUGGAACCAGUCCAAAAGGAGCCAGCAGUAGCGGUGGUUACACCUGACCGAAGCCCACGGCCCACCUCUGCACCAGCCAUUGCUCAGAGACAUGUUGUUGAACCUACCCCACCAGCUGCAUCAGAUACCAAGGAAAUAGUAGUAGUCUCUAAAGUGGAGAAGGAAGCUGUGGAAACUGAGGGAAAGCAUGAAGAAAUGCUACCAGAGAAGGCGAAGAUGGAACCAUCUGAAGUGGCCAAGGUGGGGAAAACGCACAGCGAGGUCACAUUGCCUACCACAAAUGGUGACCAGCCCCAGCAGCCUGCAGAAAAAGAGGAAGAUCCGAUAAGAAUGAGGAAGAAAAGAUCAAAGAAACUAGAUGGUGAAAACAUUUAUAUCAGGCAUAGCAAUUUAAUGUUGGAGGAACUAGAUAAAACUCAAGAAGAAAUAAAGAAACAUCAUGCUAACAUCAGUGAGCUGAAGAAGAACUUUAUGGAGUCCGUCCCCGAGUCCCGGCCUAGUGAAUGGGAUAAGCGCCUGUCUACUCACUCCCCCUUCAGAACAUUUAACGUCAAUGGGCAGGUCCCCACCGGAGUGGAAGGAGUCAAGAAAGCCAAUCUCCCAUCCUCUGAAAGAAGGGUUGGUGGGCCAGAGCCACCCCUAGUGAAGACUCAGACAGUUACCAUCUCUGACGUGUCCAAUGCUGUGAAAAGUGAAAUUCCAACAAAAGAAGUUCCCAUUGUUCACACAGAGACCAAGACCAUCACCUACGAAGCUGCACAGACAGAUGAUGGCAAUGGGGACUCAGACCCUGGAGUCCUGCUCACUGCUCAGACCAUCACGUCAGAGACCACCAGUAGCACAACCACCACACAGAUUACAAAGACUGUAAAAGGUGGAAUUUCAGAGACACGAAUUGAAAAAAGAAUUGUCAUCACAGGAGAUGCAGACAUUGACCACGAUCAGGUUCUAGUACAGGCCAUCAAAGAAGCAAAAGAGCAGCACCCGGACAUGUCUGUGACCAAGGUCGUUGUCCACCAGGAGACCGAGAUUGCUGAAGAAUAGCAAGGCCAGGAGAUGUUCCUCCCUGACUGAGAGAACGCCAGAAAGGGAGGAGAGAGCGGUAGGGGAAAAACUGCAGAGAAACUACCUGGAGCACAAAGACCACAGAUUUACAAGCUUUGCUGUCAAUAACAGAACAUUCAUAUCACUUACUAGGAGUUACGCUUUGACAUUUACUUGGGAUUUUCCAGAAUACAGUGGAUCCUUUUGAAUAUUUUUAUAUUGUAAAACAGUAUGCCAUACUUCUCACUGUACUGAAUGUUUUUUUUUUUUAAAUAGGUUUUCAGUUUUGCAUUCCCUCAUGCAUAGCCUCCAUAGGUCCUCACAAAAGGGUUGAUUCUUAAGUCUUAUUCCUUCAGAUAUACUGGGGUUAAGCCAUGCUCAUGCAUAUCUUAGAAACUGCACCUUAGAAUAACAGCUGUUUGAAAACCCUAGUGAUUGAUGGGGCCUUCUGCCAGAAGAAUCAGUUUACUUAGAUGUCCGUGUGUGGCAUUUCUACUAGCCUCUUGCGAUUGGCCCUAGAUAUUUCCAGAAAACUCCAAGUCUCACUACCCAGGUGUUUCUAUACCUUUACUCUGCAUUUCCUUGCUUUUAUGGGUUUUGGUCCCUUGAUGUUGUUUGAACAUAGUGUGUGUGUGGGGGGGGAGGGGGGGUUGUGGUGUAAUAUUCACACAUUUCAGUAGUUGGCUAGAUUAAGGAAUACUGGAAGUUGCUUCACAUCUCUCUUAUACUGUGAAUUCUAGAGCAUUAAGAGAACUGUGACAGGGCACUACCCCUUCCUGCUCCUCAGAGACUGCAUUUCUACUGAAUGCUGCCUACCUAUUUUUGCUUUCUAGAUGCCAUUUAAAUAAGUCUAUUGAAGUGUGUGGUUAAGGGGUUUGGGCUCUGAAUGCUAUAUGGUAGGCUAUGCAUUAUUCGCAAUAGUUGAUUUCUCAGUGUCAGACUUUUAUUUAUGUUUCAUUUUUCAAUAAGUUUGUAAAUCAUGUUUUUUCCAGUACUAUUUAAAGCUAAGCACAUUACCCACAAAUCAGGGCAGGGUGUGUGUGUGUGUGUGUGUAAUCUUAACUUAAUUUAAAAUCAUCUCUUAGACACUCUCACUUUCCUAGACAUGUAAGCUCAAUUUGGGCUGGCAGUCCAAGACAUUCUCACAGCUGUAGAUUAUAGCAACCAGUGGGAACAAAGUCAAACCAUUUGGAAAGUGCAUAUUUGGAAAGAUCACUGGCAUUCCCCUCUCUACAUAAAUUAAGGUUCUGUAGUACAUUGGCUUCUUCACUGCCAUGCUGCAAUGAAACACCAGGGCCAGAGCUGGCUGCAGUUUUCAGCUUCUGGAUGAUGGUGCAUUCAGGUCUAUAAUGACAACUACCCAGCUGCUGUUUUUAAAACAUCCCAUGUAUUUUACCAAAAAAGCACUGAAAGUAUUUUUUCUAGAUACUCCUGUCAUAUCCACUAUAGCAGCUUAUGGCAUACUUAAUAGAGGUUGGGUGUUUUUUAAUCGUAAUCAUUUUUAAAGUAUUUUUAGGGAGAUUGUGUGUGAAUGGAAUUUUCUACCUGGAGAUGAUCCAUAAAUUUGUAAGGUGACCACUGUGGUGUUAAUCAUGACUUUCAAAAUGAGUGUGUAAUGCUUUUAUGGGGGUAGGACAUACCUCCUUUCAUGACCGCAGCAGUAGAUCACCACCACCUGUUUGGAUUUAAUGGAAACCUCUUAAUCAUGCCCUGGUUUUUCUUUCCAGCAAUAUUUUAAAGUUUUGUAAUGAAUAGAAUUGUGAGCAAUAUUUUUUUAAAGAUAGAGCUUUGAAGUUGUAAUUCUGUAUCUGAUGUGGCACACCUCUAGCUGUGAGGGAAAAGAGCCCUUUGCUGCUAAGCCACAUUCCAGGAUGAGAAGAAACGGGCAGUAAGUGCUUUACUUAAAGUUUGACCUUUUAUUUUUUUUUUUAAAGAGGUAGAAGACUGAGCUAGACUCAAUGACUUACUGUUUGGUUGAAAAUUGUCUUUAAAUGGCACUGUCUUAUAAUUAAAAUUUCACCCCACCUUGAAGUAAGUGUUAGUAUUGGCUGGAGACACUGUCUUUGAAAGGAUUAUGGAGCUAGCUGCUUGAAUACUGGGGUAGUUAUCAGCAUUUUGCUUCCUAUGAAGGCAGCUGUUUUGCGGGAAUGCUACUUUACCUCCUGUAGGCAGACAUUUAAAUGUGCAGUUAGCUAGUGAACUGCAAUUUAGACCCCCUUUCAGUCCCUCGGCUGACAAACCUGGUUUCCUGCUCUGGGUGGAACCGCAUAGGCUUUAGACUGGAGCUCCAGGCCCCCUGUUUACCAACCACAAAAAUCUGACAGGCCCAACCGGAUUGGGCACCUAUGAGGCAGUUUCCUCCCAGAAUAAGCUUGCAGUGACAGUUUUGUCAAAACAAAGCAUUUCACUCAUUCAUCCACCCAGAAGGCACAUAGUGCAGAGGGUUAGUCAGAGGCCUAUAUGCAUGAGUCAACCUCUCUAACCAUAGUUUAGGUAGGGCCAUUUUAUUCCAGUCCCUGCUCCUGAAUCUGAGGGUUCGUUUGCAUCUCCGCAGCCCUUUUCAGUCUGCUGCCAAACCUUUCUCCCCCUCCCUGGGGCAAAUCCUACAACUGGCCACUAUCUUACUAAGGCUGAGGAGAGAGGGAUAAAAACAUCUCUGUAGCUUUGCUGGCACCUGCUGGGUACAACUAAUAAUCUGGCAGUGGUGGUUGAGCAUUUGCUGGGAUGCUCCUUAUCUAGGUCAUUGUUUUGCCUUUCCUGUCUGGUUGCUCUAACAUGCUAUUGCAAGCAGUAUGCACACUAUUCAUAAACAGUUUCCCAGUUCUGCACAGCUGGCUUCAUGGGACUUUUAGAGCUACCAAAUGUUUAAUCUGUCCCUAGCACUUAAAGGCAUUUGGUGGCUGUGGGGGUUUAGAUAUGCUACUUUAACUAGUGAAGGAAGUACUAAGGACCUUGACACAGCUGUAACUUAGUUCACACCCAAGCUUGUUCAAUAAAGCCGUGGCAGCACAAAGUUUGAUCUUAUUAAAAACAAAACCAAAACAAAAAAACUCCUCCUAAGGAACAGAGAUCUUGACUUGUCUAAGAUCCAGAGGAGUUUCUUGUUGGUGAGAAGUUUUUCCCUUCCCAAACAAUGGUGCACAAGCAUUUCCUACAUGUUACAGGCUUCUGCCUUUGCAAGAAAACCCCUUCUUAAAAAGGGACAAGACGUAGAAUAGUGUAACUUUUAGAUAGCUGUGCUGCUCAGGUUCCCUUGAUAGCAUUAAGCGCGCUUGUUUCUUCUGUUCACCCUCUGAUAUUAUACGUCAGUGCUAUCUUCAUGGGACAAAACACAGUGCAAACCAAACUGGCUUCUGAAGGCAGGCAAAACUUUUUCCCUUGGGCACUGUUGACCUUUCAGGAGCUUGUUGCCUAAUCCCAGGAGGGAUUCCUAGCUGCCACACCCACGCAACCCCAGCACACUUCUGAGGGACAAGUUUUUAUAAGCAGAAGGUUCUCCUAGUCCAGAUCUUGGAGAGGAGUAGGGGUUGCCACUGGAACUGCUCCUACUGAAGCAGUUGAGCUUUUCAUAGAGGGACAGGGAAGAAAAUAGUAGCAGUAGGUAGAGCGAAUCUCACUAAAAGCUAACUACACCUCUACCCCGAUAUAACGCUGUCCUCGGGAGCCAAAAAAUCUUACCGCGUUAUAGGUGAAACGACGUUAUAUCGAACUUGCUUUGAUCCACCGGAGUGCGCAGCCGCCCCCCUCCUCCUCCGAGCACUGCUUUACCGCAUUAUAUCUGAAUUCAUGUUAUAUCGGGGUAGAGGUGUAAAUUAACUUCUACCUUUGCAAAACUGCCUGUGCCCCAUCCCACUUUUCACCUUUUCCUCCUACAAUGAGUUGAUCAGAUUGAGUUUUAAAAUUUGGUCCACCCUGAACUGUGAAUUUCCAGGGACCAGCGCUGCUCAUGUCAAUGUAACAUAUGAACAAGGUCUGUAUUUAUAAGAUAUGAAUGUUCUCAGCUAUUCCCAGUCCAGGAGGUAAGCCAGAGACUGGCUUGAUUGUAUAGUAUACACUUUACGGAAGCUAUUUAUAUAUGAAUGAAUGUAUAGAAAGGAAGGCAGGAGAAGCAAGACCUCUGAUUAAUUAAACUGGAAAGGCAGCUUUGGUUUCCAGACUGCAAUCUCCAAGCAAUACAGCUGUAUUAAAGGACUUGACUGACUGAGUUCUGAUUUUAGUAAACUGUAGUUUGCUGAUUUCAUACAAUGUACAAUUACCUUAAGAGAUGUUAGUGUCCCAACCGUGGGGUUUUUUAUAAGUUUAAUCAAAAUUUAGUUGCAAAUAUGAAGGAGCUUUGUACAUUUUUUUAAGACAAUUGUGAAUUGUCUAGAAUAGCUGUUUACAUCUUUUCUUUACAACAAAUAGGAAAUAUCACAACAGACUUAAAACUGGCAAAUCUUUAUAGAGUGAAUAGUAAAUGACAGGAGCUGUUAUUUUGGACUUUUGUAGUAAUUCAAAGGGAAAGUUGCUGUAGUGUUUAGACAGACCUAAGUGUUCAAUAUUGUUUCUUGUAUUGCAUUUUUCAAUAAAUUUUCAAACUACUGCA